AUGCCGCAAGCCAGGCGAAAGACGCCGUUUAGCGGUAAAGCUAAAAAACAACAGCUGCAGGCUAAAAAGCAAAAUAAAACAUUGCUUAUGCCAACAUCGUCAGGAUCAAAUCCCUAUGACAUAAUGACAGUCAACUACCAAUCAAACAGACAAAGAGGUAGGGGUGAAGCGAACAGAUACGCUCUGAAGUUCUACCGAGAGACAGAAGAGGAGCUCAAGUUGAAGAAAGAGGAUGCAUUAAAAUCUCUCAAUCCCGUAACAGAGAAAGAAAUGGAGAUCGAUCCCACGGAUUUCUUUCCCGUCGAAAUAACAUUCCCGAAGCGACCUCCGUGGGAUUUCUCCAUGACCCCCGCACAGUUAGAUGCGCAAGAGCAGAAAUAUUUUAGGGAAUAUAUAGACCGACUACAGAAAUCAGAGCAUUGGAAGGAAAUGUCGUAUUUUGAAUUAAAUUUGGAAACGUGGCGACAGUUGUGGCGUGUUUUAGAAAUGUGCGAUAUUUUGCUUCUAAUUGUGGACGUUAGAUUCGCUGGAAUGAUGUUUCCUCCCUCCCUAUAUGAAUAUGUAGUGAAUGAUCAGAAAAAAAAUAUGAUUUUAGUACUUAACAAAAUAGACUUAGUGCCAGCCUCAGUGGUAGCGGGGUGGAAGGAGUAUUUAACAACAAAGUGUCCCGGGUUGAGGGUUGUUUACUUCACAUCCUGUCCGGGAUAUAAUUUGAUGGGUGGCAGUAGUGACAAGGCCGGACUUCAAGUCAGACGUCGCAAAGGUCGUCAAAGAAUGUGUGCGGAAGGAGCGACUAAAAUACUAGAAGCGUGUAAGGAUAUAGUGAAUAGCGAAGUUGAUUUGACUUCCUGGGAGAGGAAGAUAAAAGAGGAAACGGAUGUGGAGUUUGACGACGAUGAGACGGAAGUUGGCGAAACGAUACUAGAAAAGGCGGAUACAACGUUCUAUAGACACGAGAGAUACAAAAAUGGUAUCCUGACCAUAGGGUGUGUGGGACAGCCGAACGUGGGCAAGUCCUCGUUGAUGAACGCUAUAAUGGGAAAGAAAGUUGUGUCCGUAUCCCGGACACCGGGACACACGAAACACUUCCAAACUAUAUUCCUCACUCCACAGGUACGUCUAUGCGACUGUCCCGGUUUAGUUUUCCCAUCAAAAGUCCCUCGUUCCAUACAAAUCCUCAUGGGGUCUUAUCCCAUAGCGCAGCUACGAGAACCGUAUACUACUAUACGCUAUCUAGCAGAGCGUCUCGACCUGCCCCGGCUAUUACGCAUCGAUCAUCCAGAGAACGAUGACACGUGGUCUCCAAGGGAUAUAUGCGACGGGUGGGCCAAGAAACGUGGCUAUCUCACCGCUAAAUCUGCUAGAUUAGACACUUACAGAGCCGCUAACAGUUUAUUAAGGAUGGCGUUGGAUGGAAAAAUUUGUCUAUGGCUUCGACCUCCCAACUUUACAGAGGAAAGAGAAAAAUACGAAAAAUGUGACGAAAUAAAAUACGUCAAAUGGGUCCAAGCUCUGACAGAAAGCGAUGAAGCGCUGACUCCAUCUGACUCCGGCAACGAGAGGUCCGAUUCCGACGAAAGCUCGUCCGACGAAACAGAUGAAGACGAACACACAAAGAUUGCUAAUAAAUUUGCAGCUUUGGCUAAUGAU